AUGUACUCUUUUGCUUCCAUUUCUUACUUUUCUUCUCUCCCUCCUUCUUCUCUUGCCAUCGGCCGCCAUGUCUUGCCAUAUCCGGUGGGGGAACACGGCAUUGCUCGCUAUACCAUGUUACAUGGGCCAAGACAAUCGAGAUCGCGCCACCCACAUCAUGUGAUUAGUGUACAGUGGCGUGAUCUUCUAUCUCCACACGCCAAUACAUCACUAGGACGACCCAUUCGUGUCAAUAUCAAUAUCGAUCAAGACCUUAAACCAUGCGUGGAAGAUGAAAGAACAAUCAAAUUGCCUAAAUCGUAUGCCAUGAAUGGAGGAGAUGGAAAUUAUAGUUAUGCUCAAAACUCAUCUUACCAGAGGGGAGCCGUGGAUGCUGCAAAGGAACUCAUCAAGGAAGGAGUUGCAUCCAAACUUGACCUGAAACUACUUUCUUCAUCUUCCACCAUAAACCCAUUUCGCAUAGCAGAUUUUGGUUGUUCCACAGGACCCAAUACGCUUCUAGCAAUGCAGAUCAUACUUGAAGUAGUGGAGCAAAAAUUCAAAUCAGAAAACCAACAACCCAACUCAUCCCAGAAUUUCAGACGAUACCAUGCUGCCGGAGUAGCCGGCUCUUUCUACGACCGGUUAUUCCCAACGGCCUCCCUUCACUUUGCUUUCUCAUCUUCUUCACUGUCUUGGAUCUCUGAUUUGCCGGAGGAGAUUCUGGACAGUAAGUCUCCGGCAUGGAAUAAGGGAAGGAUUCACUAUACAGGGGGUAGAAAAGAAGUUUAUGAGGCUUAUACAGCUCAAUUUGCCAAAGAUUUGGAGACAUUCUUGAAUGCAAGGGCAGAAGAACUUGUGGUCGGAGGGCUGAUGGCUCUUCUGAUUCCUACUGUCCCUAAUGUUAUGAACUCUUCUGAAACUACAACCGAGUCAGAGAUUGAUCUUCUUGGAUCUUGCCUCAUGGACAUGGCCAAAAUGGUAAGAAAUGUUGAGAAAUUAUAA